AUGGGUCUCUGUAAGGACAUGGACAGUCCUGCGAGGACCCGGCAUGCUCCGAUGUCUCCGUCUGACUUCCUGGACAAACUGAUGGGCCGGACGUCCGGCUACGACGCUCGGAUCAGACCCAACUUCAAAGGUCCUCCGGUCAAUGUUUCCUGCAACAUCUUCAUCAACAGCUUCGGCUCCAUCGCUGAAACCACCAUGGACUACCGGGUGAACAUCUUCCUCCGGCAGCAGUGGAACGACCCCAGACUGGCCUACGCAGAGUACCCGGACGACUCUCUGGACCUGGACCCCUCCAUGCUGGACUCCAUUUGGAAACCCGACCUGUUCUUCGCCAACGAGAAGGGAGCCCACUUCCACGAAGUCACCACGGACAACAAACUCCUCCGGAUAUUCAAGAAUGGGAACGUGCUAUACUCCAUCAGGCUGACUUUGACUCUGUCCUGUCCCAUGGAUCUGAAGAACUUCCCGAUGGACGCUCAGACCUGCAUCAUGCAACUGGAGAGCUUCGGGUACACGAUGAACGACCUGAUCUUUGAGUGGCAGGAGAACGGACCGGUCCAGGUGGCCGAGGGCCUGACGCUGCCCCAGUUCAUCCUCAAAGACGAGUCCGACCUCCGAUACUGCACCAAGCACUACAACACAGGUAAGUUCACCUGCAUCGAGGUGCGGUUCCACCUGGAGCGUCAGAUGGGCUACUACCUGAUCCAGAUGUACAUCCCCUCCCUCCUCAUCGUCAUCUUGUCCUGGGUCUCCUUCUGGAUCAACAUGGACGCCGCCCCGGCCCGCGUGGCGCUCGGCAUCACCACCGUCCUCACCAUGACCACGCAGAGCUCCGGAUCCAGAACUUCUCUGCCAAAGGUGUCCUACGUGAAGGCCAUAGACAUCUGGAUGGCCGUGUGUCUCCUGUUUGUCUUCUCGGCGCUGCUGGAGUACGCCGCCGUUAACUUCGUGUCCAGACAACACAAGGAGCUGCUGCGCUUCAGGCGGCAGCACAAGAACAAGAACAAGAGCGGCGGCGUUGAUCCAGAGGAGCUGGCUGAGUCUCUGCGCCGCGUUAACUCUGACAACGACCUCAGAGCGCCAUCAGAACCUUCGAACGGAUCCAUGAGCAGCGCCGGCACCGGCCAGCACCGGCAGGACGUGGAUGUCCAUGAAAGCAGGCUGACCUCCCCAGCUGCCAUCACUUCGACUCCCAGCAGCACCAAAGAGUCCAAACUCGGCACCAAUAACGCAGUGACGGCGCUGAGCACCCCAGCAGCCAACACUACCCAGAAUGCACCUGGAGGCGGCGGCGGGAAAAGCAUGGAGGAGAUGAGGAAGCUGUUCAUCGACCGCGCCAAAAAGAUCGACACAGUGUCGCGGGCCGGCUUCCCUCUGGCCUUCCUCUUUUUCAACAUCUUCUACUGGGUCCUCUACAAGAUCCUGAGACACGAAGACGUCCACAAGCUGUGA